AGCCUCCAUACUUUCUCUUAACCUCCUUAUUCUUCCCAUCUUCUUCGUCUUCUUUCCUCUCACGCUGUGGUGGGUAAACAUCAUGGCGGGAGCAUCAGGAGGUCACCUCUUAGUCCCCAAGGCUCUGAGGCUGAUCAAAUACGCUGUCGAGAAGACAGGCCGUCUCAUUCGUGAGAAGGUGCCGCAGGCAACCAAGUCCUACGAAGCCCACGUCGAACCUGCCUAUGCCCGUGUCUCUCAACGACAACCCGUCAGCCGCAUCAACCAGAUCCGUCAAGCUCAAAGCAGCCGCUAUUAUAGCACAAAACAUGCCAUCGACACCACCGUCAGACAUUACUCGUCCCACUCUGGUGCCUCUCGCCCGACCAGAGCCUCCUACCCUACCUCUCGCACCGCUGCGAGAGUUGGACGAUCGACUGGCCGAGCUCCUUUCGCCUCGACACUUCGACCAAGCCUGACAGGCGGCAGCCUGUGUCGUUCAGCUGGUGGAUAUGGUCUGGGAGGUGGACGAGUUGGUGGAGCAAGAUACUUCUCACAUUCACCGGCUGCUCCAGUACAAGUCGUGAGCAAUGUCUCGCAAGCUGUUCGGGCAUUUUGGUUGUCCGGACAAAAAGCUCGAUUUGAUGGCGCUACUCGAACGGGAGAGAAACGAUUCCGAGCGGUGUCCAGCCUGCAAGAGGAUGCAAGACAUACAAUGGACAUGUCGCCGGUCAAUGCCCCAGGGUCCUUCAUCGACUUCAAGGUCUCUCCAACCAUUACCGCUGUUGGCCCACUGAGCAGCGUCCCACGUUCUCAGUCUGCCUCAUCUUGUGAUUACGAAAUGGAACGACAAACUCUGAACAACCCGAUCAUGAUGUCGAACUUGGCUGUGGACUUUGCCCGAGCCUUAAAGGACCUAGCCGCCAUCAUGAACGAUCUCAAGCAUCUGGCUACCCUUGGCGAUCUGCCUAUCUCCCUACACGACAGCUCCACUCUUCGCGUGCGGUUCCCCGGGUGCGAUGCAGACACGGUCGAAAGUCUGUGCCGAGAACUGAACAUCAAGCGUGGGAUGGUUGGACAGGACGAGGACUUCGAUGUCCAGAACGGCACCGAAGUGGCAUUGCUGUUCCCAUUCGCUCCCAGCAAGACCGCUAGUGAAGUUUGUCUCGAAGCUCUUGCCAGGCCCCCCAAACGAGCUAAGCGGGACUGCGUGGACUGGCACGAAAUGCUGACUCCCCCUCAGCAGCGGUCUGCAGGCUACUCUCAUGUCUCGGCCAGAAGUCAGUCACCCAACGGUUUUGAGGUUAUUGAUGAUGCCAUGGGACCUAAUCCCUGGAUUUCGUCGCCUUCGGGUUAUUCCAGUCUGCAUGAGAGCGAAUCAUACGGCGAUGAUGGAGAUGUUGCAGGGAUGUACUUUUUACAGCCUGACAAAGCAAAGGUCUCAGGCAGACGUACGGAUUCGGCUGCUGAGAACGGAUAUGAGGGUCUGCAGGGGAUAUAUCGGUUCCUUGAGCAAUGUGACCGGGCACGGUCGUGAGUAUAUCGAGUGUACGCUGUUGCCGGCGAGUGCAGCCUGAGGAAGGAAAGGGGUCCACUCUUUACCGACAGGGCAUUUCCUUGAUAUUUGUGUUUUUAGCAGAAAGAGCCACAUUAGCGACCCUAAGAAUGGAAUGAAUCACGUCUCGUCAUAA